AUGGCUCCACCACAUUUCGAAACCAAACUACUCGAAAUAGUGCCAAAAUUCGAUGGCAACCAUUUAGACAUUUGCGUAUCUAAGGACUGGAAGACUGUCAAGGACGCUUUGAUCGCGCAUUUUGGUGAUCAAAGAAACGAAAAUGGCUUAUUGUUCGAUUUAGAUCAACUUAGACAAUACGCAAACGAACCCCCUUUGCAAUUCCAUACUAGAGGUAUGUCUAAUUUAAGUGCUUCACAUAAUUAUAUUGAUACCCAUAAUUUUAAUGAUCCAACAAGUUUGAAAGAACCACUAGGUUCAACGAUCCGUUCGAUGAAACCAAAAGAUCUAGCCGAAGCUAGAAAAGUAGAAAGUAACAUAAGUAACAUAAGACAUUUGCAAAAACCCCAAAAUGAUAAUUUUGCUAAUAAAAAUAAACAUCAAAAUCAACAGAAGCAGAAUUUUCAUCAAAAUAACUUUCCACGUUUCCACAAUUUUCAACAAAAUUACACGCCAACACAAACGUUUCAACCUCCCGGUAACACAUUUCCGCAUGCCCCAAUAAACGUUAAUCCCAGACAGAUGCCAACACAAAAAUUUUUCACCAACCAACAAGUUUUUGGUUCGCCCAAAAAUGUUUGGAAACCAAACGCUCAAGAGGCUCAAAAUUUACCAAAACUCUUUCCCGGCCUACGCCGGAAAAGUGCUUCCGAAAAUACACCUAAUGAAUUCCCUAAUAGAAUCGAUAUUGUCGAUAUCAUUCGAACCCAACACAUGAACGAGGAAGAGAAGUUUCACAUAGAAAAAUUAUUCCAAAAAUAUUCGGACAUAUUCCAUCUCGAGAAUCAACCUUUGACUUUCACUAACCAAGUAGAACAUAGAAUAAAAACUACUGACGAACUUCCGGUCUAUACCAAAUCGUAUUGA